AUGAAUUGGAAAAAACUGGCUCCGGAAGCAAAAGCCUAUCGUUUACCAUGGAUAACUCGUCUUUACCGAUGCCAUGGAUUCGCCUUCCUGGAGUUCGAAUCAGAGGAACAAGCCUUGAUGCAUAAAGAAAAACUUCACAAAAAACCUUAUGGGAACAAAACUUUAUUCGCCAGUGUUGGAAAGUUCAUCUCAGAAUGUAUUGAUGACUAUGAUUGCAAAAUGCUUGUCCUUUAUGGAGUAAAUUACAAUGUUAAGAAAGGUGAAAUAGCAAGAAAAUUUCCUUCUUCCACUAAUAUAUCACUCGAUAAAGCUAGUCACUUAAAUGCUAGACAUAAACCUGGCGUCGCUUACUUGACUUUUGCAUCAGAAGAAGAUGCUGUGAAUGCCAUAAAAUGUAGGCAAGGUUGCUUAUUAAGAGGUCGAAAAGUAUCCGUCCUUUUCCACAAAAAACAACAAGAAAAAAGUAAGAAUUGUCUUUUAGUUCGUGGCUUAAGUAAAAAGGUGAAUAAAGAUGAUCUUCUGGCUGUAUUUCCUCAAGCAUCAACAGUUCAUAUUAAUCACUUUCGUGGUGAAGCUCGAAUUACGUAUGAUUUAGAGGAGGAUUGUCUUUUGGACCAAAAACAAGCAAAAGAUGUGUCGAUCGGUGGUCGGAAAAUCCAGGUUUUUUCGAUUUCUGUUAAAAAAAAGGAUACAUCCCAUUCAUUACCUAAAACUGGACAGUCUGGGAUUUCUAACGCAGAUAAGGAUGUACCAUCAAGUAUAGUAAUAGAUAGAUCUACUCUGCCUUUAUGUGAAGAAACCAUUUUUAAGUUAUUUCCAAAAGCAAUUGACUUCUGCAUACCCUCACAGUCAGUUUCUCAAAAUAGUGUGGCGUGUGUUAAAUUCGCCACUUUAUCACAAGCUAAAAGAGCGAUCAAAUCAUUAGAUGGCAAAUCAAUGCGAGCUAGAAUAGCCAAUCCGAAAAGAAUGAGACUUCUUGGCAUUUCUAAAACGUUUACUACAGAGAAAAAGGAUGGAACUAAUAUACCUCUUUUUCCUACUAUGGUCGAGCAUAAUAAAACUAGUCAGGAAGUCAAACGAAACAAGAAAAACCACAGAUCUAAAGCUCGAUUUCCGAGUAAACAUCUUAAAAUGAAUUCGGCUUGGCGGACAAUAAAUUUUAAUUUAAAUAAUCGCUUCAAUUUCCAUUUCUCAUUGUGGUGUAAUGUCAACAAUGCUGAAGAUAUCCAAACAAAAAUACAUUCAAAACAAUUUCCCACCCUUACAAACGCUGUCGUUGUGUUAAUUGAUGGUGAUGUCAUCAUCGAUAUAGUUCAGAUAGAGGCCGCUAUUACCCAAGCUUUAAUCCAUUAUAACGAUGAAUCUUCGGGUGGAAUGUAUACACGAGGGUUGGCUACCGAGAUUCUAUAUUGCCUUAGCCCAAACCGAUCGAUUACUCAUGCGCUGGAUACAUUUGGAAUUAAAGCAUCUACUAAAGAACUAAUUGUAGGGAUCAUUUAUUCCACAGAUGUUUAUCAACCAAAUGAUGCAGUUUUACAAGGCUACUUAUCACAAAUUGUAAAUACAAUUCAAGGUACAAUAAAUACUGGUUCAUUGACACAGUUGGUCAAGAACACUGAUAAAGUUUGUCAAGAAUAUGGAAUAACAAACUUAGAACGAAGUUUAAUCAAUAAGUCCGAUGAUCCUCACAGAUCUUUACUUGAGAGUAUCUAAGUCGCAUGGCAUCAAGGGAUCUUUUCAGAUCUUGAAAAUACGAAUAAUUGAAUGACAUAAUUAUACUGAUAAUCUUUAUUUUGUAUAAAUUAAUUUUAAUGUAACAUACUGUUCUGUAAAUAUACAUAUGACAAUUAUCGUUAGUGCUUUAUUGACAUAAAACUAAGAUAAUUUACCGGUGACCUUUGUCUUUUAAAAAUUCAGAAACAAUGGGUAAUUGUUAAUUUUUCUUGUAGUCUAGUAUGAAAAAAGGACAUAGUUAUUAGACCGCGCUUAAAACCAUUAAAGGGAAAUUUAAAGGAACAGUUAUAUCGAUCUUCUAUUUUCCAUAGGUUUUCAACGAUAU